AAUCGAAGAAGAUCAAGAAAAAGCAGAAGCAAUGGCAAACUACUUCUCCCAAGUCUUCACUCAGGAGUCAUCACUGCCUAUAGGAUCAGCUCUGGCUGCAUCAGAAGAACAUGGGAUAGAUUCCGUUGACAUCGACCAAGGCAUCGUGCUCAACUUCUUAAUGAAACUAGAUGCAGGAAAAUCAAUGGGUCCUGACAGUCUUCAUCCAAGGCUUCUCAAGGAGCUAUCAGCCCACAUAGCCGGCCCCUUGACCACGAUCUUCAAGCUAUCUCUCCAAAAUGGAGUGUUGCCACGUGAUUGGAAAGACGCCAUAGUAACUCCCAUACACAAAGGAGGAUCAAGACAAAGCCCUUCAAAUUACAGGCCUAUCAGUCUCACCAGCACUUUAAUCAAGACACUGGAAAGAAUUAUCAAGAAAAGCAUCAUGGCUUAUCUGGAAAAUAGCAGCUUGUUAUCUGGAGCACAGCAUGGCUUCCGGAGGAACCUCUCAUGCCUGUCAAAUCUCCUGACUGCAAGAGAAAGCUGGGUUAAAUCAAAGGAUGACAGAAGACCCGUUGACGUCGUCUUCAUAGACUUCAGUAAAGCCUUUGAUAAAGUACCUCACAAAAGACUACUCAUGAAAUUGGAAAGUCUUGGUAUCAAAGGCAGACUACUAGACUGGCUUAGGGAAUUCCUCAUAGAUAGGAGGCAGAGGGUUAGGAUCAACUCAAAACUCUCCUCCUGGACAGCAGUAAGUAGCGGAGUGCCACAAGGCACGGUUCUCGGUCCUCUCCUUUUUAUUCUGUAUAUCAAUGAGUUACCUCUGCUGACCGACUCCCCUAUGGUCCUAUACGCAGAUGACUUAAAAAUUUGGAGGGAGCUGAAGGGCAACAGUGAUACGUCCACCUUGCAAGACGACCUCAACAAACUGUCGGAGUGGUCUGUUGAAUGGAUGCUCCCGAUCAACGUGGCAAAAUGUGCAACCAUGCGCAUUGGACAAGCAAGCACGAGCUCCUACGAACUAGAGGGAAUAACACUUCCAUCAGUUCAGACUCACUUGGACUUAGGUGUCAUAGUUAGCCACGACUUAAAAACUACAGCACACUGUCGCGCGGUGGCUGCACGUAGUUUCAGGUCCUUAUGGGCGAUUCGCAGAGCCUUUACAAGAAUUACCAGAGAUAUGUUCACCUCCUUAUACACAUCUCUGGUUAGGUCAAGACUGGAAAACUGCAUCCAGGCCGCCAGUCCGUGUCUAAAAGGGGAUUCAUACAUUCUAGAAAGUGUUCAAAGGAAGGCAACACGUAUGGUUCACGGCAUAGCUAACUUAUCAUAUGAGGAAAGACUAGAUAGUUUAAAUCUCUUCUCACUGUCAUACCGUAGGCAGAGAGGAGAUUUAAUCACAAUGUUUAAAAUUUUAAAUAAUGACUACGGACCUGACCUAUUCUCUCUUUUCCUUCCCACCAGGUCGGAACACCUUAGAGGACAUAGCAGGAGAGUUCAAAAGCCAAGGAGAAAUCAUAUUGCUGUUGAGUACUGGUUCUCACAUCGAGUCAUAAACUCUUGGAACCGACUCCCAGAAGAAGUGGUAUCUGCAACCUCAAUUGAUUCGUUCAAGAAGGGUUUGGACAACCACAGAAAUCUACUAGAAAAGGAUUAACAUAGGCUGCAAGCCUUCUAUCCUCAAACAAAAAAUCUGAAUCUGAAUCUGAA